UUCUGGGACACAAACAGUGGUCGGUAUGAAUAGCUUUAACAGCGUCAACAGCAGCAGUUUCCACUGUGGAGGGAAGGCGACGAGAGAAACAACAACCGCCUCCCAGCAGAGAUAGAGCAAACUGGUUUUUCGUAUCCGGCUCCUGCGUCCUGUCUCGCGGCUCUGUUGUCCGGAGGAAGCGCGUGAGGAGGCCAGCUACGGCGGGUAGUGUCUGAAAUGCAACGGUGGACUUUAUUCACGCAGCGAGCUAGUUAGCUAACGAGAGGAGUAAGUUAGCCUUGCAGUGAUUUAUGCUAGUGCGUUAACGUUAGCUGGACGGUGAUGUUAGCGGAGUCAUAAAAGUUGAUGCUGUGGUCGUCUCAGUCUGGAGAAGAGUUGGAUUGUCUCUGUAACGUUACUGACGACUGCCCCCUCCAUCCAUUGACUCCACACUGUCCUGAACUGAGGGGUGACAACUCUGAAUAUGGCGAGUGUUUCAGACAGAGACUAUAAAACUGGCACCUAUAAGUCAAUGGACUGGCACGUUGCCCAGCGAGUGUAUCCAAGAUAAAUAUUGUUAAAGUGGACAAUUCAUGUAAUGGCCAAGGAGAGUGACGGAUUUCAUCUGUGUGUCUCCCUGCACGGCUGCCCAGCAAUGGGUCACCACUGCUAAAGCCAUCUUCUUCAAAGUAUAUGGACACUUGCCUCUGUUGAAGCUCAACAAAUUGAUAUUGGUAGACAUGGACUUGUACUGGAUGUAAAGACUGUCUGGAUACUUCAACCGUCACAGCUGUCUCCAGGUCGGACAGAUCAUCUGAGCCUUGCUGCUGGUCACCAGAGCUUACAUGAGGACCAACAUGUCAAUGUCAGGGUCCACGACCGUGCAGCUUUUCACCAAGCUUCUCAAGCAUGCGGUGGGCAAGGCGCAGAUUCAGCUGAACCGCUGGCUGCAGAGGACUGCCACAGAGGAGUGUGACAAAAUUGACAUCCUCAUAUGCAGCGCCUUCGACGAGACAGGGGCCGUCAUAGGGAAGUCAGAUGGAGACCCCGAGGUCAUCAGUGACACAGGGGGGACGACCUUCAGCAACAGUGGAGAGUUCAGGCACCCAUGCUGUAUCACCACCUUUUGCUUCAAGAGUGCCCUGCUGGCUUGCAUCCUGACUGCUGUGUGCUUCUCCUCAGUUGCCCUGGUUCGCCAAUACCUCAAGGACCUCCUGCUCUGGGUAGAGAGCUUGGACAGCCUCGUUGGAGCCUUGCUGUUUAUAGUUGGUUUGAUUAUCGUGUCAUUCCCGUGUGGAUGGGGAUAUAUUGUUCUUAAUGUGGCAGCUGGCUACCUCUAUGGCUUUGUGCUGGGAAUGGGACUAGUUAUGGUGGGAGUUUUAAUAGGGACCUUUGUGGCACACUUGGUCUGCAAACGACUAUUAACUGACUGGGUGCUGAACAAGGUUGGGAACAGUGAACAGCUCAGCGCUGUCAUACGAGUGGUGGAGGGAGGAAGUGGACUCAAAGUUGUGGCCUUAGCGAGACUCACCCCCAUACCAUUUGGCCUCCAAAAUGCAGUUUUCUCGAUCACAGACGUGUCCUUGCCAAACUACCUGGUGGCCUCCUCUGUGGGUCUCUUGCCCACUCAACUUCUCAACUCCUACCUGGGCACCACGCUUCGCACCAUGGAGGACGUCAUCGCUGAGCAGAGUGUCAGCGGCUACUUUGUAUUCAGCCUCCAGAUCGUCAUCAGCAUCGGCCUGAUGUUCUACGUCGUGCACCGGGCGCAGGUAGAGCUCAAUGCAGCCAUCGCUGCCUGCCAGAUGGAGCUGAAGUCUUCGCACAUGAACGGCUCCUCCACCAAUCACAGUGGCUUCACCUACUGCAGCAAGAGAGCAACAGUCGGUGGUGGAAACUGCAUUAACGUUGUGUGACCGUGAAUCAACACACGGGGCAGCAGCUCGUACAACUAGUUCACCUAAUUGUAGGACUUCCGAGCUCAAGGGAACAAGCUGAGUUUGGACGGUGUCUGAAAUGUGUUGGUGGUGUGGUUUCUAAUUUUCAACUUCAUAUUCUGACCACCCUUGUGCGAAAACCCCGAAGGGGUACAUCUUUAGUUGGUACGGUGUUUUUGUGGGACCACGCACCUUUGAAGAAACAGUACUGAUGGAAAUUGCGGUACAUCAUCUUGGGAGGUUUUUUUUUUCUUUUGAUUAAGGUACUUAACAUUUUCUUAACUUAAUUUACUCUUUUACAGGAGAUGUCAAUGAAAUGAUGUUUAGAGAUAUCAGAGGUGGCUGAAUGAGUGAGUCAUUAAGAACAAUAGCUAGGCAUUAACUGCCUGUUAACACUAUGAAUGUGCAAUCUGGAGCUUUCUAGAGAACCAAGGAAUUGUUUUUCCAUUUCAGUGUCAAGAGAAUGCCAACCUAUGCACCUUUCUGUCAUAAUGCAUCUGUUUUUGUUUACGUUAAGCGAUUUAUGAUCUGUCUACAUCCAGUGCUAACUCACAGUACAAAUAAGGGCCUUAUUAAUAUUUUUUGAAAGAUUUGGCUUUUUAGUCCAGUUCAUUUUUUAAGUGUCUUAUUUUUGGACUAUAGAG